GCCGUCCUGGUAGUGGCUAUUGAUUGACUUGCUCACAGAAACGAGACCAAUCUGGCCAAGGCUCUAGCCAUGUAGCCAUGCCCCUUGUAAGCAAUGUUUUCGAACUUAAGACAGUUAUGACAGGGGUGCGGCACGCGAUUUUCGGAACGGAUUGGCAGCCACGAUUUGGAUGUGUUACCUUUGGGUGCUCAUCUCAGCGUCCUUGCAUGCAUGCAUGUUGCUCGAAGGAUCCUGGCUGUCACCGUCUUUGGAAACUAUGGACGACCCUUGAUAUAAAGAACACGCUUGCCCGCGUGUCGAUGCUUACUUGCUUUACCCUCGCCAGUCGUUGUCACUCGACACAGUCUUUUUGAUCCCGGGUUACUCACGGCCAGUCUGUGAUAUAAACAACACCGCCAUUGGUGUUACUUUCUCUAUAGAUUUAGGUUGUGCUGCAUACUGUUGCAACCAUGUCUUCCGAGAAGAAUGAAAUUGACGUCCACGACGUCUCGGCCUCUCCCGAAAAGGUUGAGGUCAAGGUCGUGAAGGGCAAUGAGGCUUUCGCAGAAGCCAUGACUAAGGAGCCUCCUAGCGGUACUACCAAAUUCCAGUUCCUGCUCUAUGCUUUCUCACUCGUCGGUUUCUUCUGCUCGACCAUGAACGGAUACGAUGGUUCUCUCAUCAACAACUUGCUCCAAAACCCGGCUUUCAAGGCAUACUACGACGUACAAAGCUCCGGUAUCUGGGCUGGUAUCGUGUCAUCCAUGUACCAGAUUGGUGGUGUCGUCGCACUUCCAUUCGUUGGUCCGGCCAUCGACACCUGGGGCAGAAGGAUUGGCAUGGCUAUCGGCGCUGGCCUUAUUAUCAUUGGUACCAUCAUCCAGGGCACUUCGCAUGGCUCUGGUGGUUUCAUGGGCGGUCGCUUCUUGCUCGGUUUCGGCGUUUCCAUUGCUGCUGCUGCUGGUCCCAUGUACGUUGUCGAAAUCAACCACCCCGCCUACCGCGGAAGAGUUGGUGCCAUGUACAACACCCUUUGGUUCUCGGGUGCCAUCAUCGCUGCCGGCGCCGCUCGUGGCGCACUCAACGUUGGCGGUGACUACUCUUGGCGCCUGAUCACAUGGCUUCAAGCCCUCUUCUCUGGUCUGAUCAUCCUAUUCGUCUUCUUCCUACCUGAAUCUCCACGAUGGCUCUACGUCAACAAUAAGAAGGAGGCUGCUCGAGCCAUGCUUACAAAGUACCACGGAAAUGGCAACCCCGAUAGUGCUUGGGUAUCUCUUCAGAUGCACGAGUACGACGAGCUUCUCAACAUGGAUGGUGCUGACAAGAGAUGGUGGGAUUACCGUGCCCUGUUCCGUAACCGCGCUUCCGUCUACCGUCUCUGCUGUAACUUGGCCGUGUCCAUUUUUGGUCAGUGGGCCGGUAAUGCUGUGCUAUCGUAUUUCUUGGGUGCUGUCCUGGAGUCUGCCGGCUACACCAACCCCAUUCAACAGGCUAAUAUCACUCUGAUCAACUCCUGUCAGCAGUUCCUUUGCGCCAUUUGUGGUGCAUUUCUGGUCGACAAAGUAGGCCGUCGACCACUGCUGCUCUUUUCCUUCACUGCCUGUUGUGUUGUUUGGCUCGGCAUGACCAUCGCCGCUUCCGAGUUUGCCAAGUCUGGUGGUGGCAUCAACGAGGACGGUACUGCCCGACAAGGUACCAACAAUUCUGCAUCUCAGGCCUCGCUCGCCAUGAUUUUCAUCUUCGGCUCGGUAUAUUCCGUCGGUAUCACGCCCCUUCAAGCACUCUAUCCUGUCGAGGUUUUGUCCUUUGAAAUGCGUGCCAAAGGCAUGGCCUUUUCCUCCCUUGCUGUCAAUGUUGCGGGUCUGCUCAACCAAUUUGCUUGGCCCGUUGCCAUGCAGAAGAUUGGCUGGAUCACCUACGUAAUUUUCACUAUCCAGGAUGCCGUUCAGGCCUUCAUCAUUUGGAUGUAUCUGCCUGAGACUAAGGGCCGCACUCUUGAGGAACUCGAUGAGAUAUUUGCUGCCAAGAACCCGGUUAAGGCUUCCCUCCAGAAGAAGGAGAUUGGUCUCAACCAAUACGGUGAUGUCGUUGAUGUCCACGAGGUUUAGAUGUCGACGACCACAAGGUUUAGAUACUUUUCAGAUUGGACAAACACAUUCAGCCCCUGUUGCACUAGGAAGAUAACCUUCUACUAUACCUUUAUAUAAUUGGACGGCAACCCACCCCGUCUCUUCCUUUCAAUCAAUUGAUACUGUGUACCUUACUCUACCUCAACGCUACGAAAGCUACCACUCAGUCGGUUGUGCACAUGUGCGGCUCCUAAAUUUCAGCUAAUCACGUCACAAGGGCUAGCUCGGACCCUUAUGCCAAGCAGCGGCGACUCUUCUUCGCCUAUAUUCCCCUUUGAUAAAAAGUAGUGCUGACUAUACUAGC